UGCCUCCUGUGACGCCAGUAUCCCAUGGUUUGAGUCCCAGCUGCUCUACUUCCAACCCAACUCCCCGAUAAUGGCCUGGGAAAAGCAGCAGAAGAGGGCCUAUGUCCAUGGGCCCUCGCCACUCAGACCAGAGAUUGAAGAAGCUCCUGGCUUCCGGUUUCAGCCAGGCCCAGCCCUGCAGAUGAAGCUGUCUGAGGUGUGAACUAGCGGAUGGAUGAUUUUCUUUCUCUCUCUCUCUGUUACCCUGACUUUCAAAUAAAUGAAUCUUAAAAAAUAACAUGAGAAGGGAAAUUGUAGCAUGCACAAGUUUACAAGACAGCUCACAGCUUCAAAGGGAUGGAAAAGCAACUGGAGAAGUAAUUGAAAUGAGUAGGGGUGGGGUGGGGGGAACAAAAGGAACACGCCAGGGAGCAUGAAGAGCCAAGAAGGAGAGAAGCACAUUUGGGGUGGUUUUCAUCAUACAAAAGUCCUCAGUGUGUUCUGGGCUCCUCAGGACAGCCACGGGGGCUGCAGAGGAUGAACACUGGCCCUGUGGGAUUGGCUGUAUGUGACAGGCCACACGAGAGGCUAAGAAGAUUGGACACAAAGCUCCGUGAUGGUCUGGAACAGACGCGGCGAAGCGCAGCAUACAGAAAAUACACAGAGCAGGUUACAAGUCAGAAGCUGAGUGUGGUGAAAGUGGAAUCAGGCAUUAAAAAGUUACAAGACCAACUCUGGGAUGGUCAAAUAGAAGAGCUGAUUCUUCAGGCUGAAGAGGACCUAAGUCUGGCCAGACAAAUGAUGCAGUGGCAACAAGGGGAGCUGCGAGCACAAGACCCUCCCGCCAACCUGCGGAAAUGGCAAGAUAAUCAUCAUUAUGUGAUGUUGAUUGAUUGAUGGGAAAUUGAUGUAAUGAAACGUUCUGUUAUUUUUAAAAAUAUUUCCAUUCUUAUAAUCAAGAAAAUUGAUACAGGAUGUAUUUAGCAGACUACUAAAAUCAGUUAUUAUACUAACAGAGCCUUGUGAAUGAGUUUUUGACUUGCAACGUAUUUACCCAAAUAUUUCAAAGAUGGUACUUUUUUGAACUUAGAGGUUGUGGGCAGAUUUGAAAGUUAAUUGGAGGGCCGGCGCUGCGGCUCACUAGGCUAAUCCUCCGUCUUGCUGUGCCGGCACACCGGGUUCUAGUCCCAGCUGAGGCGCCGGAUUCUGUCCCGGUUGCCCCUCUUCCAGGCCAGCCCUCUGCAGUGGCCAGGGAGUGCAGUGGAGGAUGGCCCAAGUACUUGGGCCCUGCACCCCAUGGGAGACCAGGAUAAGUACCUGGCUCCUGCCUUCGGAUCAGCGUGGUGCGCCGGCCACAGCAGCCAUUGGAGGGUGAACCAACGGCAAAGGAAGACCUUUCUCUCUGUCUCUCUCUCUCACUGUCCACUCUGCCUGUCAAAAAAAAAAAAAAAAAAAAAGAAAGUUAAUUGGAAAAAUUCCCGUUAGUCUUCAGUACAGAGGCCAUAAUCAAAAGGUUUCAGUAAAGUAGCUUCAGUAAAAUCCUCAAUACAUCAUUUAAUUUUUUUGUUAUCCAGAAAAGUCUGGAGGAAAGAUACUUAGUUAUUAUUGUGUAAACCAAUUUUCAGGUCACUGAUAGAAGUAAAGCCAUAGGAGUGAAUACGUUUAAUUGUGAGAAAACAGUAAUAUUUGGUUGUAAAAUAGUAUAUUGUGGUUAAUCUGUUCAUCUGUUUAGUUGUGAUCUGAUGUUUAUAAAAUAAAAUAUAAAUAUAUAAAUAUAUUGAUUACCACAUGAAAGAAGUCCUCCCAGGUGUAUGGAUAACUACUCAUUCUCUAUGGAUAAUGUUGGUACUAACAAGAGGAGCCAUGCAGGGAAGUGUAGAAACAGAGUUAAAGGUCCCAAGCAAAUGAGUGAGCUACAAAAGUCCACUCCCUUUACACAUGAAGCUAUAGCUGCCUCGCUGG